CUAAAAGUAAAGGAUAAAACUGGUGUUUUAUGUUUGUUCACACUGCAAAGAAACUUCAUGCUCCAUAUACACACACACACACACACACACACACACACACACACACACACACACACACACACACGUUGUCUUGGGACUUACCCUAAACCAUUACUACUUCCCUAACCAUUGACACAAAAAUCUGCUUUUCCCAAUUGACCACUUUAAAGUCUGGAUAUUUGUCCCGAAACACACAGACACUUGUAUAAACACCAGACUGUCACAUCAGACACCCACGAUAAACAGCACCCCCAGUACACAAAUAUACUAUCACAUACUGUAGUUCUCUGGAUGGCAGUACCUUAAGUGUGCUUUUGUUGUUAUGUGAUAACAUCCCCACUGGAGGGCAGCAGCACGUACAAGUUGCAUGUAGGAAGGUGUUUGUGUAUCUCAUACAGUUACCUGAUCACCACACAACUUGCUUUAGUAUUCUCUCUCUGCUCGACUCGCUGCAGCACUUUGGUUGGUUUUGUAUGAGAUUGUGCUCAGUACAUAAAUAACUGGGACUAGGAAUUCUGCCUUUUUUUAUACUGUACUCGACAAACCCUGAUUCAACCCGUAAAGUCAGGCCAGAAACACUUUGCGUUUGUGUCCAGUAGAUUGUGAGUGGCUCUUCAGAGUUUGUCCAGUGAGACAGAAUGAAUCCGCUGGUUCUCUGCAGUCGGAUGAUUCAGGAUAUUCACAGGAGUGAAAGGACUAGGUUUCCCUCUCACAGCCAGAAAAAGGCAAAGAAGAAUGACCCUGAAUACGACGCUGAAGUAUUCUACAAGACCUGUACAACUGGAUUAUACUUCUUAGUGGUUAUAAUACUGGAUUAUUAAACAUCAUUGUGGGUGUCAUUAACCCACACUUAGUAAGACUGGAUUAUUUGCCAUGGUUACACAAACAAGAACUGGGCUGAAUUGGAUUUUAAACGAACAACUGUGAUUUUGAAGUUGAAUGUCCGACUCUUCAUCACCAAAGAAUCACGACUGGAUUCCUCAUCACCGUGGUAACUAUUUACUGGACGUUCUACGGCUGACUCCACCAUGCUGUACUUCCAGGUGGUGAUUUUGGUGGCGACAGUGAUGCUGGUUUACUACUGUGAGUUCACUGACACUUUCAGUCCAGCACAGCAGGGCUUCCUCUGCAGAGACCCGGCUUUAACCAAACCAGAUCCUGGACCUGAACAGCUCAGCCUCAUCCAGCCUGUAAUACUGUACUCUGUGGUGGGUGGGCUGCCUGUUGUACUGAUCUCAGGUGUAGAGCUGAUUAUCUUCCUCCUUCACCACAACUCAAACAACCUUUACGACCAAGACAAGGUCGUUGUCAUGGGUGACUGUUGCUAUGUGAACCCAAUGGUGCGCAGGACCGUCCGUUUCCUUGGUGUGUAUUUCUUCGGUCUGUUCACCACAGACAUCUUUGUCAACGCAGGUCAGCUGGUCACAGGAAGUCUGGCUCCUUAUUUCCUGUCUGUUUGCCAGCCCAAUUACACUGCCCUCAGCUGCCAGGACACGGCGCACUUUGUCAGCCAAUCAGACGCCUGUACUGGUGACCCUAAUGACAUUAUGAGAGCCAGGAAGACGUUUCCCUCCAAAGAGGCAGCACUAAGUCUGUACACAGCGGUUUAUCUGGCAAUGUACGUCAUGUCCUGCAUUGGUACCAGCGGAGGUCGACUGACCGGCCCCCUCCUCAGUCUCUCAUUGGUCAGUCUGGCUGUGCUGACGGGCACCAAUAGAGUGGCCGAGUACCGGAACCACUGGAGUGACAUCAUAGCGGGACAAGUCAUCGGGGGAGCUAUUGCUGUCUUUCUUGUGGUGUUUGUGGUACAGUAUUUUAAGAAUAGACCUCUGAUUCCUCACAGUCCUUCUGACGCUGGAACAUCUAACACUGAUGAGGCGUCACCUCAAACUGAUCACACCAUUGAAACCAGUGGAAAAGAUAAUGCUGCACAGAGCCCAGGAUCGUGUACAGAAGUCACAUGACUAUGACUCCCACCCCACUACAUGACUAAGAUGAAAUGGACAAAACCUAUUGGACAUCAAACUUGGACCUUUAUAUAAUCACGUUUUAGGGUUUAUACUCUCUUUUGUUCAAAACAUUGAUAAUCAAGUGAAUUUAUGACUA